GGCCAUCAUCGAGGCAUGUCCGUCCUCUGGCCGUUUAUCCCCAGCCGGACCAAGGGAACAGUGGCCUGCCUGGCAGAGGCCUUCCUCUGGGUCAGCGGGAGUGUGGCUGUGUCCCCGCAGUGGCAGCUUGGCCCACUAGUGGAGCGGUGCAUGAGCGCCAUGCAGGCGGGGACGCAGAUGGUGAAGCUCCGGGGCAGCUCCAAGGGCCUGGUCCGCUUCUAUUUCCUGGACGAGCAUCGCUCCUGCAUCCGCUGGCGGCCCUCCCGCAAGAACGAGAAGGCCAAGAUCUCCAUCGACUCCAUCCAGGAGGUGAGCGAGGGGCGGCAGUCGGAGAUCUUCCAGCGCCACCCCGACGGCAGCUUCGACCCCAACUGCUGCUUCAGCAUCUACCACGGCAGCCACCGGGAGUCGCUGGACCUGGUCUCGCCCAGCAGGGACGAGGCGCGCACCUGGGUCACCGGCCUACGCUACCUCAUGGCCGGCAUCCGGGACGAGGACAGCCUGGCGCGCCGCCAGCGCACCAGGGACCAAUAUCCUUGGUGGCUGAAGCAGACGUUUGACGAGGCCGACAAGAACGGGGACGGCAGUCUGAGCAUCGGCGAGGUCCUGCAGCUGCUGCACAAGCUGAAUGUGAACCUGCCCCGGCAGAGGGUGAAGCAGAUGUUCAAGGAAGCGGACACGGACGACCAGCAGGGGGCGCUGGGCUUCGAGGAGUUCUGCGCCUUCUACAAGGCGAUGUCCACCCGCCGGGACCUCUACCUGCUCAUGCUGGCCCACAGCGGCCACAAGGACCACCUGGAUGCCGCCGACCUGCAGCGCUUCCUGGAGGUGGAGCAGAAGAUGACGGGUGUGACUCUUGAGAGCUGCCGCGACAUCAUUGAGCAGUUUGAGCCCUGCCCAGAGAACAAGAGGAAGGGGGCAAUGGGCAUUGAUGGCUUCACCAACUACACGCGGAGCCCCGCCGGUGACAUCUUCAACCCAGAGCAUCACCACGUGCACCAGGACAUGACGCGGCCACUGAGCCACUACUUCAUCACCUCCUCUCACAACACCUACCUCGUGGGCGACCAGCUCAUGUCCCAGUCGAGGGUAGACAUGUAUGCCUGGGUCCUGCAGGCCGGCUGCCGCUGCGUGGAGGUGGACUGCUGGGAUGGGCCUGAUGGGGAGCCCAUUGUGCACCACGGCUACACCCUGACCUCCAAGAUCCUAUUCAAAGACGUCAUUGAAACCAUCAACAAAUAUGCCUUCGUCAAGAACGAGUAUCCAGUGAUCCUGUCCAUUGAGAACCACUGCAGUGUCAUCCAGCAGAAGAAGAUGGCCCAGUAUCUGACCGACAUCCUUGGGGACAAGCUGGACUUGUCAUCAGUGAGCAGUGAGGAUGCCACCAUGCUACCGUCUCCACAGAUGCUCAAGGGCAAGAUCUUGGUGAAGGGCAAGAAGCUGCCCUCCAACAUCAGCGAGGAUGCUGAGGAGGGCGAGGUGUCUGACGAGGACAGCGCAGAUGAGAUUGACGAUGACUGCAAGCUCCUCGAUGGGGAUGGCUCCACCAAUCGGAAGCGCGUGGAAAACAUUGCCAAGAGGAAACUGGAUUCCCUACUGAAGGAGUCGAAGAUUCGGGACUGUGAGGACCUGAGCGACUUCACCGUGUCCACAUUGCCUCAGCCUGGGAAACUCGGGCACAGGGCAGAAGCCAAAAAGGCCGAGGAGGACGUGGAGUCCGGGGACGAUGCUGGAACCAGCAGGCGGAACAGCCGGCUUCUCAUGGGCAGCUUCUCCAAGCGCAAGAAAAAGAGCAGCAAGCUAAAGAAGGCAGCCAGCGUGGAGGAGGGGGACGAGGACUUGGACCCCCAAGGCAGCCAGAGCCGAGGGGCUGCCCGGCAGAAGAAGACCAUGAAGCUGUCCCGGGCCCUCUCGGACCUGGUGAAGUACACCAAGUCCGUGGGCACCCCUGACGUGGAGACGGAGGUGGCGUCCAGCUGGCAGGUGUCGUCCUUCAGCGAGACCAGGGCCCAGCAGAUCCUGCAGCAGAAACCGGCGCGGUACCUGCGCUUCAACCAGCACCAGCUGUCCCGCAUCUACCCCUCCUCCUACCGCGUGGACUCCAGCAACUACAACCCGCAGCCCUUCUGGAACGCCGGCUGCCAGAUGGUCGCCCUGAACUACCAGUCGGAGGGGCGGAUGCUGCAGCUGAACCGGGCCAAGUUCAGUGCCAACGGCAGCUGUGGCUACGUGCUCAAGCCCCAGUGCAUGUGCCAGGGUGUCUUCAACCCCAACUCUGAGGACCCCCUGCCAGGGCAGCUCAAAAAGCAGCUGGUGCUUCGCAUCAUCAGUGGGCAGCAGCUCCCCAAGCCACGGGACUCCAUGCUGGGGGACCGAGGGGAGAUCAUCGACCCCUUUGUGGAGGUGGAGGUCAUCGGGCUCCCCGUGGACUGCAGCAAGGAGCAGACCCGCGUGGUGGACGACAAUGGAUUCAACCCCAUGUGGGAAGAGACCCUGGUGUUCACGGUGCACAUGCCCGAGAUAGCGCUGGUGCGCUUCCUUGUCUGGGACCACGACCCCAUUGGGCGUGACUUCAUCGGCCAAAGGACGCUGGCUUUCAGCAGCAUGAUGCCAGGCUAUCGGCAUGUGUACCUGGAGGGGAUGGAAGAGGCCUCCAUCUUUGUUCACGUGGCCGUCAGUGACAUCAGUGGUAAGGUCAAGCAGGCUCUGGGCCUAAAAGGCCUGUUCCUCCGAGGCCCAAAGCCCGGCUCCCUGGACAGUCAUGCUGCUGGGCGGCCCCCGCCCCGGCCCUCCGUUAGCCAGAGGCUCCUGCGGCGCACAGCCAGCGCCCCAACCAAGAGUCAGAAGCCAGGCCGCAGGGCCUUCCCAGAGCUGGUCCUGGGCAUGCGGGACGUGGGCUCCGAGGGGGAGGCCGGCGACACGGCACCCUCCAGCCCCGGCCCUGCUCCCGAGGCCCCGGCCCGGGAGGAGCCCGGCCGCCGCAGCCCCCGAGACACCUGCCCCUUCUCCGUGCAGAGGUCGGUCUCCUCCCUGUGCAGCCUGGAAACCAUUGCCGAGGAGCCAGCCCUGAGUCCCGGCCCACCACCGCUGGUGGCUGCCGCCCCUAGCCACUCCUCUGGAGGGCCUCAGUGCUCCGCAGGUCCCAGCACCAACUCGGCGAGCCCUCCAGGGCUGGCUCUGGAAACUUCUGGGCCCCUCCAGCUCAGGACCUGGGGCCACAGGAACCCCGAGCCAGCCCCUGAAAGCAGGCAGUGGGCGUGCAGCGGCGGGGGCACUGGUAGGGCAGGCCAGGGGUUCCCCAGCAGCCAGACAGACAGCAGGGGCCACCCCCGGACCCAUCUGCCCAGAAGGGCCAAGAGCGAGGCGCAGGUGCCCUCGGAGUCCCCGGGUGGGCGGUGGCCCCUGGCCGGGCCCUGUCCCGCCGUGUACUCAGAUGCCACAGGCAAUGACCGGCUGUGGCAGCGGCUGGAGCCAGGCAGCCACCGUGGCAGCGUGUCUUCAUCCUCUAGCGUGUCAUCCAGUGACACGGUCAUUGAUCUCUCUCUGCCGGGCCUGGGCCCAGGCCGUGAGAGCCUCACAGGGGCCCCGGCAGGACGUCUCCCCCUGCGGACCUGCUCAGCCUCAGCCGCCCACUUGGACCUGCCCACUGUGACCAAGAGCAAAUCCAACCCCAACCUGCGGGCUGCGGGCCAGCUGCCUGUGGUGCCUGGAGAGCUACAGCCCCGCCCCCUAGCUCCUAGGCUGCCCUGGGGCCGCCUCCCCUUGGUGGGCCUCUGGGACUGCACUGUGGCUGCCAAGUCCAAGAGCCUCGGGGACCUGACCGCCGAUGACUUUGCCCCCCGUGUGGAGAGCCUGGGCUGCAGCCUGGGCCUGGCCAGGGAGAGGCCAGCAGGGCCGGGUGCACGGCCGGACACCCUGACAGAGCAGCUACGCUGGCUCACAGGGUUCCAGCAGGCCGGUGACAUCACGUCACCCACCAGCCUGGGUCCAGCUGGGGAGGGGGUGGCAGGAGGCCAAGGCUUCCUGCGACGCUCCUCUUCCCGCAGCCAGAGCCGCGUCCGUGCCAUUGCCAGCCGGGCCCGCCAGGCCCAGGAGCGGCAGCAGCGGCUGCAGGGCCCGAGGGGACCCCCGGAGGAGGAGCGGGGCACCCCUGAGGGUGCCUGCUCCGUGGGCCAAGAGGGCUGCGGGGACGUGCUGACCCCCACCAAGGGUGCUGCUGACCGGCCAUCAGGUGCUGCCGUCCCCAGCCUCCUGCUCAGACUCUGAGCAGACCCGGGGAACUUGUGCGCCCUCCCUGCAGCCCGGCGCCUGGGCAGGCCGCUGUUUGCUCAGGACACAGCUGCUUGCUCCCAAAGCCACCGCCUGUCCUGGUGUGGCUGUGCCCCUGGGCCCCCAGCCUCGCCUCCUGAGGAGGAAGGGAGCCCGCCCUGGGCUUUAAGAUCUGUGUAUACAGAGAGAGAUAUUUAACUUUUAGAGACAAAACUUCUACAACACAAAAAUGGUGCCGUGUUCUUCUCCACUUCCACCUGGUUUUAGCUGCGUGGGCGUGUGCCGGCGCGCGUCUGCUGGCCCUGCCACGCGAGGCCCCUGGGGAUGCUUGUCAUGUGCCCAGGGUGAUCCAGAACGUUGCCUGUGCCCCCACCCGGACUGCAGCUUGUUCUGCACAAACCCUGCUCUGUACGGGAUGUUUCAGACUCUUCGUAAACUCCAAUAAACACGUUGACACUUGCUCCGCGGGCGCUACUGGCCCACUCCCUCCGUGGCCGUGUACCCAGUGUUCCUGGGCCACAGCCUGUGCCGCGCCCAGAGGACCACUGACCUCUGCCCACAGAGGGCUUAGCUGGACUGGCACCC